AUGUUCGGAACAUGGCACCCACAUCGCGGUCGAGCGUGUGACGUAUACGAGCAUGUCAUUCACAUAACGGUCGAGCGCGUGAAGUACGAGAGACGCGUCACCCACAUAGUGGUCGAGCGUGUCGAGUAUACGAACAUGGUACCCACACAGCGGUCGAGCGUGUCGAGUAUACGAGCAUGGCACCCACAUAGUGGUCGAGCGUGUCGAGUAUACGAGCAUGUCAUUCACAUAACGGUCGAGCGUGUAAAGUAUACGAGCGACGCGUCCCAAACAUCGCGGUCGCGCGACGGCGGCGCGCGAGGCGUCGACGCGAUGAAGGUGCCGACGUACGACGCCGACCCGGGCGCGCGCGCGUACGGCGGGUUCGGGGCGCGCGUGAUGACGUCCAUGGGAUGGACCGCGGGCGAUGGGCUCGGGAAGCGACGACACGGCGUUCGAGCGCCCAUCGAGGCGGUGAAACGCGAGGACGGCGUCGGGCUGGGACGACGCGAGGCGCGGUACAAAUGGGACGAGAAGUGGUGGGAGGGGAGCUUUGCGAACGCGGCGGAGAGAAUCGCGCGCGUCAUGGGGAAGGGGGACUCGGAUGCGGCGUCGACGUCGGAGAGUGCGUCGGAGAGCGCGUCGGACGCGGCGCGGGGCGAAACGGCGACGGGACGGGACGGCGUCGCGUGUAGCGGAUCGAAGAGCGAGCUGAAGCUCAUGGAGGAACUGGCGAGGGAUAAUCAUCGAGGAUCGACGUUUGGUGGACGCGUGGGGAAGCUCGAGCGCAUCGCGAGGUUUGAGGCUGAGCAAUUGGCCAAGUACGGAAUUCAACGCGGAAGCGCCGUCUCGGACGUCUCGACGGCAAAGGCGGAGAAAAAGUCCAAGGAUGCGAAGAAAUUAAGGGAAACGCGACGGUCCGGCGAGUCGGGAGAUUCGUCGUCGAGCGAGGAGGCGGAGGCGUCACCGCCCACGUCCGGGAAGGCGUACGAGGGGGCGAAGUCCGCGAGCACGGAGAGCUCGUCGUGGUGGCGCGCCGUCUUCACCUGGGGCGGAUUGGUUGGCUCCGCUCGCGAGCGCGACGGCGAGCGAACGGGCGCGAGCGGGCGCAAGGCGUUCACCGAGAACGAUCAAGAGGCGUUAUUUAAGUCGGCGCACGAAACGAACGUCGUCAAGGGCACCAAGCGCGGCUUGGGCGGUAAAGGCGAAAUCAAGAGCGAGUGGACCGGCACGCGCGUGACAACCUUUGACGACGACGACGACGCUCGCGACGCGAAGAGGUCAAAGAAGGAGAAAAAAGAGAAAAAGGAGAAAAAGGAGAAGAAGGAGAAGAAGGAGAAGAAGGAGAAGAAAUCCUCCAAGAAGAGCGCAAAAAAGUGA